UCACUGAUUCGAUUUUCUUAUUUGGAUGGUUGACUCUGAGUUUUCGCGUGAAUUUAACGCUGAUAAACAAGACGAGCAGAAAGAAUACUUGUUACCAAUGAACCUGUGAASAACGGCGGCUGAAUUGUCUCAAUUAGAACGAUUAUUACUGUGUUGGGCCGUAAGAAGCCUUCUAAACAUCGCAGCCUAGUCAAUUAGGCAUAUUCAACAACACAGUUCUGCCUGACUUCCCGGGGAGGACGUUUUAUUUCAACCAUGGCUUUGGCAAGAUUAUGGAAUCUUUUGACUCGUAUGAAGACGAUUGACAAUGAUACAUCUGAUUCUCCCCUUAAAAGAUGCUUGAACGUUUUUGAUUUAACAUCUCUUGGUGUCGGAGCGACCGUUGGCGCUGGUCUGUAYGUAGUGACGGGUCAAAUAGCUCGCGACGUUGCUGGGCCGGCAGUUGUGUUGUCUUUCUUCAUCGCGUCCGUUGCUGCUUUUCUMUCAGGAAUCUGCUAUGCCGAGUUUGGCUGCCGAAUCACCAAAGCUGGGUCAGCGUAUAUGUACACAUAUACAUCUCUGGGUGAGAUAUGGGCCUUUAUCAUCGGGUGGAACAUGAUCYUAGAGUAUGUUAUCGGCACUGCUUCCCUAGGUCGUGCAGCCAGCGAGUAUAUUGAUUCAAUAUGUGGCGGUGCGAUGCAUAAAUCAUUGUCUGAACACCUUAGCAUGCAUGUAGAAGGACUUGGAUCUUACCCUGAUUUCCUGGCUUUCUUCCUGGUUCUUUUGAUGUCGUUGGUCAUUGGUUUUGGGGCAAAACACUCAGCUUAUUUCAACAAGGUCGUAACAGGAACCAAUCUUCUUGUCAUUGUCUUCGUUAUCAUUGUGGGUAUGUUCCAUCUGAACCCAAAGAACUGGAGUGGCAAUGGACARUUCUUACCGUUUGGUGUAUCUGGAGUUCUUGCUGGAGCCGCUAGCUGCUUCUACUGCUUUGUUGGCUUCGAUGUCAUCGCGACAGCCUCGGAGGAAACCCUAAACCCAAAGCGCUCUAUYCCUCUUKCCAUCAUGUURAGCCUGAUCAUCAGUUUCCUAGCGUACUUUGGCGUUUCGACGGUUCUUACUCUCAUGAUYUCUUACAAGGAUUUGGAUAAAGUUGCKCCUCUUCCWGAAGCCUUCAAGAAAGUUGGUCUACCAGGAGCGAAGUAUGUGAUAGCUGUAGGAGGACUGUGUGCRCUGCUUGGAUCUCUGAUGAGYGGYAUCUUCGCCGUGCCAAGAAUCCUCUAUUCSAUGUCUACUGAUGGACUAAUAUUCAGUUGUUUUGCCAAAAUCUACGARCGYACCAAUAUUCCGAUUAACUCUUUACUCGCUGCUGGUUUACUGUCAGCAUUACUUGCYUUAAUGCUGGACUUAAAACAACUUGUCGAGAUGUUAUCCAUUGGUACCCUGCUCGCCUAUACUCUCGUYUCUACCUCCGUGCUUGUUCUUCGUUUUCAACCAGGAGUCGAGAGCGUUGAGAUUAAAGAGGAUGGUGGGUAUCGUGUUCUUUGCUGUCGACCUCAUUUGGACGAACCACCAGCUAUAGAAUAUAAACCAAUAGAGGUUGCAGAGAAAGAAAGAACGAAGGUCGAGAAAGAUGUCCCUGAUAAACGAACCAGUCAAAUCGCAACCACAGCCAUUGUAUUGAUGAUCGUCGCCCUCGUCGGGAUUGUGUCGGUUCUCGUCUUCGGCUGGGCUUCGUUAGCCAAUCGUGAAGGCUGGUCUAUCUUCGGUCUCGUAUUCACGAUCCUUCUUUUCGUGUUUGGCCUCGUUAUCAUGUGGAUUCAGCCUCGUAAUCAUGCWGUGUUUCCGUUCACCGUUCCCGGCAUUCCUUUCCUACCGCUGUCCAGUAUUAUGGUGAACUUGUUCUUGUUGCUGAAGCUGUCUCACUGGACGUGGAUACGAUUUGGAGURUGGAUGAUAAUAGGUUUGACCAUCUACUUCUUCUAUGGUAUACGAAACAGUGUUGAGGGUCUGACCGACGAUGAAGACGCUGGGAGUACCCACGGGGAGUAUAUUGUCAACCCCGACCCCCCUGUCCCUAAUCAAAAAGUACGACCUGUCCAACCAAAGCAAUCCAAACUUAAGAAAGACGAUGAACAACUAUUAGAAGAUGAUUUCCAGGUCACCCCGGCCGAUGAGGUCGCUAAAGAAGCUGGUACUGAGUAGAUAUUUUAUUUUAACUGUUAAAAGACCCUUCACUAUUUUCGUACUUAUACCUUCCUCGUUCCCCAACGAAUUCUUGAAAGAGGACAGUUUGGGUACGAA